CUGCCCACCCUAUCCUACAUUGCUUCAACUCCAAUCUACUUCCUGUCAUCAUGAUCUACCAAUAUGGUGAAGACUCGAUCCCAAACAAGUCGCGAAGAGCCAGCCGCACAGCCUGAAUCUCGAUAUCGGGGGCACUAUGAUAACCAAGACGGCCCAGGACUUUCUGCCGAGGACAUCCCCGAAGACUGGACAAAUGACCCCAAACUCUUGGAUAUUUACGAUGAUCCUAAAUGUCAAGACGCCGAUCUGGCCCGCUGCUGCGGAAUCCAAGAUCCCCGAAUGGUUUUGAUGGGCACUCCCGAGUCGGGAGAGAUGCAGUAUAUUAUGGCUUUUAAGGGCAAGUACUACUGGGGCCAUUUCGAGCUUCUUCAUCUGGAAGAGAUCACCAGGCCCAAGACGUUGUCAGGAAUAGUCCAUGCCCUUCGUGAUAAGGGAUUCAGGGGCCUCCGUAUGAAGACCCUAAAGCCGGUGUGGACCCCUAGUGAUGAGGAGGAUACACGGUCUGCCACAAGCGAAGGGCCCAAUCUGUUUGUUCCGGUUGACCCCGAUGCGCCUUGAUGCACCAUGUACUUUCGACAAGAGCGG